AUGGAGCCAGCUGUGCUGGACUCAGGGUCGAUGUACUUGAAGGCGGGCUUCGCUAGCCCCGACCAGGACCCGUCUAUAAUCCUUCCAACAGCAAUGUCGAGGGUGGAGGAGGAAGGGGGUAAUGGUAAUAGUGGGGUAAUUGGGGACAUUACACAUCCUAUCAAACGAGGAAUGAUUAAAGACUGGGACGCAAUGGAAGAUCUAUGGCGCUAUGUUUUUUACACCGGUCUCGGCUGGGAACCUGGCAACGAAGGCCAGCUUCUUGUUGCCGAACCUUUGUUGACAUCUAAGGUAUCACGAGAGAGAAUGGUUCAGACAAUGUUCGAGACUUUCAACGUGAAUGGCCUCUAUGCAGUGGAGCAGGCAGUGCUUUCUCUUUAUGCAGUAGGACGCAUCACCGGUGUCGCUAUUGAUGCUGGGCAUGGGAAGAUAGAUAUUGCUCCUGUAUGGGAAGGCGCCGUCCAGCACAAUGCAGUCAAGCGUUUUGAAAUUGCGGGUCAGGAUCUCACUGAUCUUCUUGCAAAAGAGCUUGCACAGUCACAACCAGAUGCGAAAUUGGAUCUUGCUGUUGUGGAGAUGCUUAAGGAAAAAUAUGCUACGGUUUCCAAAGACUCUUCAGGUUAUGCUGCAACUGCUGAAGACUGUCCUAGUAUAGAGCACACACUUCCUGAUGGGCAGGUUAUUUCUAUUGGAAGAGAGGUGUAUACUGUUGGUGAAGCUCUGUUACGACCUUCAAUCUUGGGAGUAGAAGAAGACGGCCUGGCUGAACAAUUGCUUCGUAGUGUGUCAAUGUGUUCUCCUUCUGAGAAUCAACGGCAGCUUAUUGAAAACAUCGUAUUGUGUGGAGGCACUUCUAUGAUGGCGGGUUUGGAUGCGCGACUUCAUAAAGAGGCCAUUCUACUUGCGAACCCUUCAGUGCGACCAUCACUGAUCAAGCCUCCAGAGUACAUGCCCGAAAACACAUUGAUCAAUUCUGCUUGGAUGGGUGGAGCGAUUCUUGCGAAAGUAGUCUUUCCUCAGAAUCAGCACAUCACCAAGGCUGAGUAUGAUGAAACUGGUCCUCCUAUUGUCCACCGGAAGUGCUUCUGAUCUCAAACACAUUCUUGUCCUUCACAACUAAGUCCACUACUGGUGUGUUUCCUGCUGAAUCAUCAAGCUGAAAUCAUAACCGUGGUAAGUUUCAAAUCCUAGGUUGCUUACGAAUUGGCGCUUUGUAUGUUCCUAGUUUUCUGCUGAGUGCUGUAAAUACCAAGAGAAACCUCCUUUGAAAUAGUUCUAGAUGUGCUUUGAAGUAAGAUAGAGCAGAGCAUAGUAGCUAAACUUCAGAAGGAACCAGGAAUAUGAGACUCUGGAACAUUCAGUUUUCUGAUACGAUCAGAAUUUACUGCCGAGGUGCAUGGUUAACUUGCUUGGAGGCGUGAGUAACUGUUACUAUUGAACAUUGCUUCUGCAAUCUCUACAAAAUUAUUUCAUAAGUUACUUGCCUCCUAUUGAA